AGAGGCCGGAGUUUCCGGUGGUGGAAGAGCUCGGGUGGCCGCUUUGGUGAGGAGAUCUUUCCUCAGGCCAUGGUACCUGGCUGACUAGCUGAGGCAGGAAACCUCCCUCUUUCCUUCUCCGGUCCGCCGUGGUGACUGCGGCGGCUUCAUUGAGUGUAUAUUUUCUCAGGCCUGGCUGCCUGGCUGACUAGCUGCAGGAAGAAAGCCCCUUCCUUCGGUCUCGGGCCGGUCCUGGUGGCUGCGCUGAGUGGGCUCCCGAACACCAGGGAGGCUGCUUCCACUCAGAGGAGACAGCGACGGCAGUAUGGAGGUGGUGGGGCCUACCGCGGUUCCACAGAAACUGAGCCGUAAGAAGUACAUGGCUCUCCGGAAGAAGGAGAAACGUAAGAAACGACGGCAGGAGCUUGCUCGUCUGAGAGAUGCAGAACUGUCACAGAAAGAAGAGGAAGAAGAUCCUCUUGGUGAAGAAAAACGAUUAGAAGAAGAAAGGUUGUUGGAGGCAGAGAGGCAAAGAUUACAUGAAGAAUGGUUGCUGAGGGAAGAGAAGGCACAAGAAGAAUUCAGGGCAAAGAAGAGAAAAGAAGAGGCAGCUCGAAAACGGAAGGAAGAACUAGAGAGAAAGUUAAAGGCAGAAUGGGAAGAACAACAGAGAAAAGAACGAGAGGAAGAGGAGCAGAAACAACAAGAGAAGAGAGAAAGAGAGGAAGCUGCGCAGAAGAGGCUGGAUCAGGCUGAAAAUGAGUUGGAAAAUGGUGGCACCUGGCAGAACCCAGAACCGCCCACGGAUAUAAGAGUACUGGAGAAAGAUCGAGCCAACUGUCCAUUCUACAGUAAAACAGGAGCUUGCAGAUUUGGAGAUAGGUGUUCACGUAAACACAACUUUCCCACAUCAAGUCCCACCUUGCUGAUUAAGAGCAUGUUUACAACGUUUGGAAUGGAGCAGUGCAGGAGGGAUGACUAUGACCCUGACUCAAGCCUAGAAUACAGUGAAGAAGAGACCUACCAACAGUUCCUAGACUUCUAUUAUGAUGUCCUGCCUGAGUUCAAGAGUGUGGGGAAAGUGAUUCAGUUUAAGGUUAGCUGCAACUUGGAACCUCAUCUGAGGGGCAAUGUAUAUGUUCAGUACCAGUCGGAAGAAGACUGUCAAGCAGCUUUUUCUGUUUUUAAUGGACGAUGGUAUGCAGGACGACAGCUUCAGUGUGAAUUCUGCCCAGUGACCCGGUGGAAAAUGGCAAUUUGUGGCUUAUUUGAAGUACAGCAGUGUCCAAGAGGAAAGCACUGCAACUUUCUUCACGUGUUCAGAAAUCCCAACAAUGAAUAUAGGGAAGCUAAUAGAGACAUCUACCUGUCUCCAGAUUGGACCAGCUCCUCCUUUGCUAAGAGUUCAGAGAGGAGGGAAAGGGCCAGUCACUAUGAUGAAUACUAUGGCAGGUCAAGAAGAAGGAGGAGUCCGAGUCCGGGCCUCUCCUACAAGAGAAAUGGUGAGUCUGACAGGAAGAGCAGUAGUAAUCACAGGGUGAAGAAAUCUCACAAACAUGGAAUGAAGAAUCGUGAGAGGCACAGUUCUCGGAGUAGAAGAAGAAAAAGAGAUCACAGUCUAGGCCCCUGGAGCCAGAGCAGGAGGAGCCGCCAUAGCAGGAGCCGCAGUCACAGUCAGAGCCGCAGCAGGAGCAGCAGCCGGAGCCGCAGCUGUGGCCGUGGCCGUGGCUGGAGCCACAGCCGUAGCCACAGCAGAAGCCGGAAACGAAGCCGGAAUCGGAGCCGGAGCCGGAGCCGGAACCGGAACCGGAACCGGAACCGGAAACGCAAUCAGAGCAGGAGUUGGAGCCAUAGCCAUAGCCAUAGCCGGAGCUCAUCAAGGUCCAGAAGUCCUGGCAGGAGGAGGUCAGGUAGUAGAGACAAAACCACCCAGAGUCCCAAAUCUAAAUAAACUUGGUUGUUUUUAAA